GACACGAAGCUUUCUCAUCGAGCAGUAUUGAUAUUUAAGUCGUCGACUCGACUGAAGUGUGCAGCACUGAGCCCAACCAUUCCGUCCAACCAUGCCCAACGAGAAUAAUGAAAAAUACGUGCCGGAAAAACUGGUCGAUUUCAAGGUAGACGAAAAUGGAGAAAAGUAUUAUCUGGUCAAGUGGAGUGGAUGCCCGAAGGAGGAAAAUUCCUGGGUGCACAGAAGCAAGCUGGGGUGUUAUUUCAUGAUGGAUCAGAUAGAGAGGGAGAAGGCAAGGGAGGAAGAGACCGUGGAACCCAUCACGGUGUCUGUAAGGAGAUACGACCGUUCCAGACGUCAAGGAUUCGUUCCUUUCGAGGAGAGAAUCACUGGGUUCGACCUGGGGCGUACGCCGGAAAUGGUGUUAGGAUUGACAGAUGUCAGCGGCGAACUGGAGUUUUUGAUCAAAUGGAAGGGUGUCUACGAGGCCGAUCUGAUCCCUCGUGAAAUAGCCAACGUAAGGUGCCCCCAAAUUGUCAUCAAAUUCUACGAGGAAAAUCUGUUUUGGAAAAAUGACCGCCGUUCAGUUGUCGAACUGUUGGAUAUUAGUUUCAUUGAAAUUUUCCGAAGAAUCCAGAGCACUUUCUUAUACAUAUUUCAUGUGUGAAAGAGCUAUCGGAAAUGAAGCCUGUGAUCAUAUACCUACCUAAUAUAAUUAUACUGAAAUAAAUUCAAUCCAUAGAAUUUUCAACAUCGGAAAUGCAUAAUUUAUCGAACUGUGGGUAGAUACUGGAUGAAGUCUCAUUUAUUAGCAGAAUAUAAAUUAUUCACAAUUCGUUCUAACAUUGGUUAAUCAUAAUUGAAACCGAAGUGCAGAAAAUGGAAAGAUUUUGCCUUGUCUGUUCUGGACUUUCAGGUAAAAUGAAGUAGUUGAUACAGAAUCAAUUGUAAUCUACUUCUUUAUUCCUAUGCAAUUGGGAAUUUUAUCGGGAUGAAACCAUUUGUUCAACCAUUAAUUUAUGUUUCCUGCAGAAAUCAUGUAAAGAUGUUGGAGACUCUGUUGGGAAUUUGUUAUUUAACAUUUCAAGCACCUCGUCAAUAACGAUGAAAAAAGAUGAAUUUCAUGAUUAGCAAUGAAAAUUGUUUCAAUCAAUUUCGACGCAAUUCAUUUAAUCUGUCCCCAAACUUCAUGCUAUCGAAUGUAUGAUGAAUCACUAGCUGCUUGCUGCUCCACAUCGUAUAAUACUGCCUAUUGUUCGAUUCCGAUAAAAAGCGUUUCGCGAAAAAUGCAUACCGAUAUGUUCUAUGAUGUUUUGACUACGAUCGCCGCAUACCUGGCUUCCGUUCUCUACAGUGUGUCCUAUAUCAAUAUGCGCGCAAUUGGUUUCGAGGCAGAUUAACAUUAUUUAAUUCAGUGACAUGUUAUGAAUUAUACAGAGAAUUAUUCUUCCAUGGGUUAUUUGUAACUGAUCACUUUUUCGUUUGUAUACUUUUUCAGGAAAAGCCCAUGCCCAGAUUGCGAAAAAAAAUAAAACUCAUUUU